CGUCCGUAUUGAGAAGAAAAUAGAAGAGCCCACUAUCGAUGGAUGACCGCUUCCUCUCCCUUCUCCUCCUCCUCCUUCCGGCCAUCGCCGCCUCUACCGCGGCCUAUUCGACGUCCGAUGGCAUUGAGGAUCCGUUGAUACGGCAGGUGGUGCAGGAUGCGGAAGGGGAGCUGACGGCGCUGGACGCGGAGGUCCACUUCGCCAGAUUCAUCAAGCGGUUCAGGAAGACGUACGCCGACACUGAGGAGCGAGCCCGCCGGUUCGCCGUGUUCAAGGCCAACCUGCUCCGGGCUAGGAGGCACCAGCUCCUCGAUCCCACCGCCGUCCACGGCGUCACCAAGUUCUCCGACCUUACCCCCGCCGAGUUCCGCCGCGCCUACCUCGGCCUCCGCGGCCCGACCUUCGUGUCUUCGUCCCACGACGCGCCAAUCCUUCCGACCAACGACCUUCCUGAGAACUUCGACUGGAGGGAUCAUGGUGCCGUCACCCCGGUCAAAAAUCAGGGUUCUUGCGGAUCAUGCUGGUCCUUCAGCGCUGCCGGGGCUUUAGAAGGGGCGCACUUUCUCACGACUGGUAAGUUGGAGAGCCUCAGCGAGCAGCAGCUUGUCGAUUGCGACCAUGAGUGUGAUUCUUCGGAACCAGAUUCAUGUGAUCAAGGAUGCAAUGGUGGUCUGAUGACAACUGCGUUUGAGUACUUGCUAAAAUCUGGUGGGCUCGAGCGUGAGGAAGAUUAUCCUUAUACUGGGUCUGACCAUGGUGCCUGCAAAUUUGAUAUAUCCAAAAUAGCUGCCUCAGUUGGGAAUUUCAGCAUUGUCUCCAUUGAAGAAGAUCAAAUUGCUGCUAACCUGGUGAAACAUGGUCCUCUUGCAGUGGGUAUAAAUGCGGUGUUCAUGCAGACAUACGUCCACGGUGUUUCAUGCCCUUACAUUUGCGGGAAGCAUUUGAAUCACGGAGUCCUUCUGGUGGGCUAUGGCUCUGCUGGUUAUGCUCCAGCUCGAUUCAAGGAAAAGUCCUACUGGAUCAUCAAGAACUCAUGGGGUGAGAACUGGGGAGAGAAUGGGUAUUAUAAGAUCUGCAGAGGUCGGAAUAUAUGUGGUGUAGACUCAAUGGUCUCUUCAGUUACUGCCAUUCGCAAUUAACAAUACUAGUCCGGCAAUACCUGGCUGCUGGACACAUAGUAUGAUGCAUGUUUUCUUGCAAACAGCUGCUUUAAAGCAUACGCUUUAUGUGUUAUUCUGACCGUGUACUCAAUUUGGGGUCUGGGAACUGCAUGACUAUUUAUUGUAUGCCAUAAGCCAUACUCAGUUGUAUGCAAUAUAUACUCAAUGACUGUUGUAAUC